AUGUCUGGCAUGCUUCGACGGGGAAGCGCAGAAGCGAUGGUCAGCCACAGAAUGGACCGAUUCCGUCGACUGGUCUCGCCUUGGGACUUUGCAUUCCUGCGAUACCGGCACAGCAUCGGACAUGAGACCCCGCAACCUCUAUGCCAUCCCACCUGCAUGGAACUGAUUCUCUUUCCCUCCGGCCCCAUCACGUUCCGCAACGACAUGCUGGAUCUGCAGGAGAGCGUGGGCAUGUUUCGCAUGAGCCACCCGCAGGACAAGAGCUUCAGGCACUACCUGGAAAAGUACGAGCUCAGCAGCAGGCCGAACAGUUGUAUCCGCUGCCCGAGGGCCUCCACGGAAGACGCCAGCUGCGCUUCCUGCGAAUACGGCCUCUAUUGCUCCGCCGGGUGCCGCGACGAGGACAAGACGUUCCACCAACACCUUUGCCGCUCCAUCAACGAGACGGAGGAGCGCCGGCCUUCCUCCCGGCAUUAUCGCGUGGCUUACUUCCCGCCCGACCGGGAGUAUCCCGAGUUCAUCUGGGUCAAGAUCGUGCUCGACGCCGAGGAAGGAAAGUUGAGGUUCCAUUUUACGGAAGACGACGAGGAUAUCGAAGCGUUGUGCUGGAGCUACCAAGACCCGGGCGAGGCCAUGUCGUGGAUGGCGCCCCUCGCUUGGGCGGGCUACCAGCUGCACCGGCCCUUCGGCCACGGGCUCGCCUUGUGCGGCGCCGGUCGCCGCAGAGGGAACACGGCCUCGGAGCUGAACCGGUGCAUCCUGAACUUUGCCAAGCCGGGCCACAUCCUCCCGCGUUUCGGCCCCGAGUUCCUGUUCGCCUACGCCGUCUCGCCGGCCGGCAACUUCCUGUGCCCCGAAGACGUCGCGCCCCGGGACGUCCAGCACGCCGUCGACGUCUACGUCACGAACCCGCAGCACUCGGUCGUCCCCGCCCCGGGACGCUCGCGCGUGAAGACGAAGCAGGCGAUCAAGUACAACGCGCCGGACGACCCGCUGAACCGGGCCCUCGGGGUCACGGACCGGAUGGAGCGCGUGUCGGUGUGCGAGGAUGAUUUCGGCUUUGCGCCGUACGCUUUCCUGAUCGGAAAGACGCUGGACAUGCAGAUCCGUUGGCGCGUCCGGAUCGGCGGGUUCGGCCAUUUCGUGGCGUCGCGGCUCAUGGACGAGUCGAUACGUCCCCGGCGCGCGCCGCAAGACGGCCCGAUGAUGAGGUUACUGUGCCCCCUGAUUGGGAUGGUCCCGGGAGGGUCGAUGGCCGUGAAGGAGGAGGCGGGGCAGCCGGAGAAUGAGAUCCAGGGCAAGUACGUCUGGAACCCGGCCAUCUUCGGCUCGGUGAUUGUGGAGCAUGUCUGGGGGUCGGGACCGCAUCCGGCGCAUGUCGACGCCGUGAUGGACUACCUCGCCCACGUGGAGACGACCGGGGCGGAGGGCACCGAGGAAGGGUUGGCGGCGUUUUGGGAGGAGUGGAAGGAGAGGGAGACGGCGAAGGGGAAUUUGGUGCGGCAUGUUCCGUCGCCUUUUGCGUUGGAGGCGGAGCUGAGGCCGGACGAGUUGGAGAAUACGCGGGGAACGGUUCGCAUUCUCUCGGAGGAGGAGGGUGUUCCGGAGAAGACUAUUCUUAUGUGGUGA